AUGCGUCUGGAGCAGGAGAAUGAUGACCUGGCCCAUGAACUGGUCAGCAGCAAAAUCGCUCUGCGCAAGGACCUGGACAACGUAAGGCUGUCACAUCAUCCCACGUGUAUUAUUUUUUACUUGUGCGAGUGUGCGUUCGUACGUUUUCUAAUACCCAAACCCCAAAUACAUUUUUACUCUGACAGGUUUUUUAUUUGGCAUUAGCUAAUGUCAGUAGACCUGGUCACCAUACCCAUGUGUCUGUCUGUCUGUCUGUCCCUCAGGCUGAGGAGAAAGCAGACGCUCUGAACAAGGAGCUGUUGAUGACCAAACAGAAGCUGGUGGAUUCAGAGGAUGAGAAGAGACGACUAGAGGAGGAGUCUGCACAGGUCUGUCUGGCUAGCUGUCUGUCUGUCUGUCUGUCUGGCUGUCUGGCUGUCUGUCUGUCUGUCUGUCUGACUGACUGACUGUCUGUCUGUCUGUCUGUCUGUCUGUCUGGCUAGCUAUCUGUCUGUCUGUCUGUCUGUCUGUCUGGCUGGCUGGCUAGCUAGCUGUCUGACUGUCCGGCUGUCUAUUUAAAAUAAAAUAAAAGAUUCCGUUAGUAUUGGAAAAGACAAUGGAGGUCCCCUUCUGAGAGUUGCUGAAUGUUUUUUCCAUCUUCAGAUUGCUCUUCUGUUGAUGCACCUUGAUUGGAAAGCAGUGUUGUUUCUCUCUUUCUGUCUUUAAGACAGAGGGGGAUGUUGUGCUCCCAUAUGCACUGUGGCCACUGCCUGUGUUCCAGGACAUGACUUUGGCCCAACACAGGAGCUGCUAAUACCUGCUCUCUCUAAGUUAUUUCUCAUGACAUCCACUUACGGGAGAAACAGUCUCAAGGGGCAUCUGUUGCUGUCCUCUUGAUGACUACAUCACACUCCUCCUUGAGUGUGUCUCUACUGUAGGCAGUUUAUACAGGCCCAAGGACAGUUGACUCUGACUGAGAUGAGGUUAUCAUGUAGGUCAAAGUAGGCAGUUUAUACAGGCCCAAGGACAGUUGACUCUGACUGAGAUGAGGUUAUCAUGUAGGUCAAAGUAGGCAGUUUAUACAGGCCCAAGGACAGUUGACUCUGACUGAGAUGAGGUUAUCAUGUAGGUCAAAGUAGGCAGUUUAUACAGGCCCAAGGACAGUUGACUCUGACUGAGAUGAGGUUAUCAUGUAGGUCAAAGUAGGCAGUUUAUACAGGCCGAAGGACAGUUGACUCUGACUGAGAUGAGGUUAUCAUGUAGGUCAAAGUAGGCAGUUUAUACAGGCCCAAGGACAGUUGACUCUGACUGAGAUGAGGUUAUCAUGUAGGUCAAAGUAGGCAGUUUAUACAGGCCCAAGGACAGUUGACUCUGACUGAGAUUAGGUUAUCAUGUAGGUCAAAGUAGGCAGUUUAUACAGGCCCAAGGACAGUUGACUCUGACUGAGAUGAGGUUAUCAUGUAGGUCAAAGCAGGCAGCCUGUAGAGCAUGGCGCUUGCAACGCCAGGGUUGUGGGUUCGUUUCCCACGGGGGGCCAGUAUGAAAAUGUAUGCACUCACUAACUGUAAGUCGCUCUGGAUAAGAGCGUCUGCUAAAUGACUAAAAUGUAAAUGUAAAUGUAGUCAUUUAGCAGACGCUCUUAUCCAGAGCGACUUACAGUUAGUGAGUGCAUACAUUUUCAUACUGGCCCCCCGUGGGAAUCGAACCCACAACCCUGGCGUUGCAAACGCCAUGCUCUACCAACUGAGCUACAUCCCUGCCAGCCAUUCCCUCCCCUACCCUGGACCAAUUGUGCGCCGCCCCAUGGGUCUACCGGUCGUGGCCGGCUACCACAGAGCCUGGAUUCGAACCAGGAUCUCUAGUGGCACAGCUAGCACUGCGAUGCAGUGCCUUAGACCACUGCGCCACUCGGGAGACCCUGUGUAAAAUGUAAAAUGUAAAAAUUCAUUAAUUCAGUGUAUAAUAUCAAUGUGUGUGUCUGCGUGCAUGUGUCCACAGCUGAAAGAGAUGUGCAGACGGGAGCUGGACAAAUCAGAGUCUGAGAUAAAGAAUAAUGGUUCCAUCAUAGGAGAGUACAAACAGGUAAGAGGGUGACAGGAGAUAUAACGUUUUAUUUUUAUUUUAUAUGUAUAAAGUUGUUUUUAUUUGUAUUCCACAUAGUGACAACAUCAUAUUUAUUACUUACCUAGGGACUACGGAUGUAAAUUUGCCGUUUGGUAAUUUAUCUAAUUUAUCUAUCUAUAUGGAUAAAUAUAAUACUACUAAUAAUAGUAAUAAUAAUCAUAAUAAUAGUAAUUAUAGUAAUAAUAGUAAUAAUAAUAGUAAUAAUAAUAUUUGUAAUAAUGGCAAUUAUAAUAAUAGUAAUAAUGGUAAUAGUAAUAAUGGUAAUAGUAAUAAUAGUAAUAAUAGUAAUAUAAUAACAGUAAUAAUAACAAUAGUAAUAAUAGUAAUAAUAGUAAUAAUGAUAAUAAUAGUAAUAUAACAAUAGUAAUAAUAGUAAUAGUAAUAAUACCAAUAGUAAUAAUAAUAGUAAUAAUAGUAAUAAUAAUAGUAAUAAUAGUAAUACUACUAAUAAUACUAAUAAUACUAAUAGUAAUAAUAACAAUUGUCAUAAUAAUAGUAGUAAUAAUAGUAAUAAUAAUAGUAAUAAUAGUAAUAAUAAUAAUAGUAGUAAUAAUAGUAGUAAUAAUAGUAGUAUACUAGUAAUAAUAACAAUAGUAAUAAUAGUAAUAGUAAUAAUAGUUAUAUUAUAUUAAUAAGCAGUAAAAGUCAUCCUAUCCAUGUGUUUUAUCCUCUACACAAACUCUAAGUGACAUCACCAAAGCAACAUUACACAACACUGAAGUGCAUAAAAGGCACUGAGGGCCAGCAGAAAUAGUGUCGCUAAUUUUAAAACAGCCGUCGCCAUCUUUUACUGGAAUCUAAAAAUAUGAAUAGGGGAAAUUGAAAAUGACAGAAAAUGAUCAAAUUGAUGGUAGCAGCUCCGCUGGCUGCUAUGUGCCAGUUGAAAGCUCCACUUCAGAUCCGAAAGCAGAAAAACGGUGAGGAGAUGCGUUGUUUAAAAAUAGUUCCUUUCUGGUCGCUGGUGCAGUGCUGAGUCUGUUUUAACAGGCCUACUGACAGUGUGAUGUGUGGUAGAGAGUGGUAAUGGAUUCCUGUGAACUGAUCUGGGACCAGCGGUGGGCUGGUGAUCACAUCAGGAACAGAAGGCUGAGAGAGACAGGGAACAAGUAGGGACUGGUAGAGCAGGAAGACAGAGAUGGACAGAGGAGUAGAGAGAAGGUUGGGGACACACCCACAUCAGGAACAGCAGGCUGAGAGAUAGGGACAGAGGAGUAGAGAGAAGGUUGGGGACACACCCACAUCAGGAACAGCAGGCUGAGAGAUAGGGACAGUGAACCCCCAGUCAGGCUGUGGCUCCAUCCUCACAGGGACGUGUGGUUUCUCUGAGUCACUCAUAGUCUAGUGGUUAUUUUGAAGGAGGGGGAUUAGCUGUGGGAUGAUAAGGCUUUGUUAUGAGCAGGUUAUACAUUAUUUGGAUGAUCUCUGUCUGUGGGAUGAGCCGUUAUGUCAUCUUUUCACACUUUAGAACCUCUCAUUUUAGAGACCCUCCACCCACCCCUACCCUCUCCGACCUUUGCCUCCACCCACCCCUACCCCCUCCGACCUUUGCCUCCACCCACCCCUACCCCCAUCCGACCUUUGCCUCCACCCACCCCUACCCCCAUCCGACCUUUGCCUCCCCCACACAGUCCAAUACGUCCCCACAAGGUUGUCUGUCUGUCUGUGUGGAGUUGACCUCAGUGCUCUGUUUGAACUUUGACCUCUGUGUUGACCCCUGCAGAUCUGCUCUCAGCUCAGUGAGCGUCUGGAGAAACAGCAGACCGCCAACAAGGGAGAGGUGGAGAAGAUCCGGGUGAGUCCCCAUCAUGGCAUGACCUGA